AGCAGGGUUUAAGCCCUGUCCCUGACGUUUUGUUUCCCCUGACAUGGCUGUCCUUUGAACGUUAAUACUUGGAGAAGAUCCCAGUUGUCAGCAUGAAAGGACAAACUGCACACUGUGACUGGAAAUCUGCACCCCAAAAGCAGCCCUCUCCCUGUGAUCGAUAUAAGCACGCUUGCAUUAUUUGCAGAGGAUUUAUUUACCUCUAUGGAGGACGGAACACUACCAGCCUUGGGGAUUUUUGGAGGUAUGACAUAGUGAAAAAUGAAUGGGAAAUGCUGGACUGCUCAAGAGAUGGUCCAGAAGAACUGGAAGAGCAUUCAAUGGUGGCUUAUAAGGGCACCCUAUACAUUUUUGGUGGGAUGGUGGAUUCUGCUUUCACUCAAGCCAAAACUCCUCUCUGGAUAUACGACACUGAUUCUGCAAGAUGGACAGAGUGCCGUAACGUACCAGCAGAGACUGAGAGCUCGGCACCAACUAACAGGAAAGGUCACAGUGCAGUAGUGUACCACUGCAGCAUGUACAUCUACGGGGGGUACGUUGGCAUCAGAGGCAUUUCACAGGAGUUUUGGACUUUCCAUUUUGAUACAAGAAAAUGGUUGUGCAUUUCCACCCCAUCUGACAGUACUGGCCCAGGAGCUCGGCAUGGCCAUUCUGCAGUUGUCUAUCACACAGGCAUGUACCUCUUUGGAGGACUGAUGGGACUGAGUGAACAGAAGGACUUAUGGAAGUGGGACUUCAUAAGCAGCAGCUGGUCCAACAUCAGAACAAGCCUGGGACCUCCUCCAGUGGUAGGUCAUGCUUCAAUAGUCUUCAAAGACUUGAUGCUGGUUUUUGGUGGAGGGAUUUCAAAUUCCAGUCCUAAUGAUGACCUCUGGCAGUACCAUUUCCAUACGCAGACAUGGAAGAAGCUCAGUAGUACUACCAAGGCAAAGUUUUCUCCUAAGAUGUAUCAUUGCAUCUUGGGAAUUGGUGUCGAUUUCCAAACUACCUCAGAUUUCACUGGCACAGUCCCCAGCCAUCAGAAGGGUAAGCAGAAGGACCACCACCAACUGGUGACCAUCCCAAAGCACACUCGUUUUUGCAAGUACUUCCGUCAACAGCCAGCGUACCGAGUGCUCAGCAACGAGGAAAGAAAUGCAAUUGAAAUGAAAACCUUCAGUUUGCCUCUGGAGCCUGCAGGCUUUUGUGCCUUUCGAUCCACUUCAGAGGCACAACUAGACCCAAACAGGGCAGCGAAUGUUGAAUCAAAGGACAGGUCUCUCCAUCUGUUUGUCUCUUCAGAAAAAAAGACUUUUGCUGCUGCUCAGGUUGUCAGAGAAGAGGAAGGAGCCAUCACUCAGGACACGGCUCCAGUGGAUGAAGUUAGCUGCGAUACUAAUGUGCUGCUGCUCCUUGGGGGGAAACCUUUGUCCAGCUUCUCUGAGAUCUCAUUCUGGCAAAUGGAGUUUGAUACCUUCUAAUGGCUUUGAUUACAAAGUAAAAGAAUACAUUCCCACCAAUGUGCCAGUAGGUGGUAAACCAACUGCUUGCCACUGUCUUCAGUUUCCAAUCAGUAUA